GUCUGGCCGGCUGAGGCGCUGCCGCCCGCCGUUGGAGGAACCUGAGGUGCGGGGGCGAGAACCGCGAGGAGUCGGGACGGCGGCGGGCGCGAGGGCAGGCGUGCCUAGCGGUCGCGCGUGCGUCGGCCUCCGCCCCUCAGCCUUCUUCUUCGCAGGUCCCCUCCCUCUCCGCCGGGACGCGGGAGAGCCCGGCGCGCGACGGGGGCGCGAGGUGGAGCCGGCGGGGGCGGCCAAUGCGAAACUGGCUGGUGCUGCUGUGCCCGUGUGUGCUAGGGGCCGCGCUGCACCUCUGGCUGCGGCUGCGCUCCCCGCCGCCUGCCCGCGCCUCCGGGGACGGCGCCGCAGAUCAAUUGGCCUUAUUUCCUCAGUGGAAGUCUGGUCAUUAUGACGUGGUAGUUGGUGUGCUGUCAGCUCGUAAUAACCAUGAACUUCGAAAUGUGAUAAGAAGCACCUGGCUGAAGCAUUUAAUACAACAUCCAUCAUUAAGUCAACGUGUGCUUGUGAAGUUCAUAAUAGGUGCUCAUGGCUGUGACGUGCCCGUGGAAGACAGGGAAGAUCCUUAUUCCUGCAGAUUACUGAACAUCACGAAUCCGGUUUUGAACCAGGAAAUUGAAGCAUUCAGUCUUUCUGAAGAUGCCUCAUCAGGAAUUUCUGAGGACCGAGUUGUCAGUGUGAGCUUCCGAGUUCUCUACCCGAUUGUUAUUACCAGUCUUGGGGUGUUUUAUGAUGCCAGUGAUGUGGGUUUCCAGAGGAACAUCACAGUCAAGCUUUAUCAGGCAGAACAAGAGGAGGCCCUCUUCGUGGCUCGUUUCAGUCCUCCAAGCUGUGGUGUGCAGGUGAACAAGCUGUGGUACAAGCCUGUGGAGCAGUUCAUCCUGCCCGAGAGCUUUGAAGGUACCAUCGUGUGGGAGAGCCAAGACCUCCAAGGCCUCGUGUCAAGAAAUCUCCACAAAGUGACUGUAAACGAUGGCGGGGGCGUUCUCCGAGUCAUUGUGGCUGGGGAGGGCGCCUUGCCUCACGAAUUCAUGGAAGGCGUGGAGGGAGUUGCAGGUGGUUUUAUUUACACCAUUCAGGAAGGUGAUGCACUCUUACAAAACCUUCAUUCUCGCCCUCGAAGACUUCUUGACCAUAUAAGUAAUCUCCACAGGGAAGACGCCUUACUGAGGGAGGAGAGCAGCCUCUAUGACGACAUUGUUUUUGUGGAUGUCGUCGACACUUACCGAAAUGUUCCUGCGAAAUUACUGAACUUCUACAGAUGGACUGUGGAAACAACCAGCUUUGACUUAUUGCUAAAGACAGAUGACGACUGUUACAUAGACUUAGAAGCUGUGUUUAAUAGGAUUGCCCACAAGAAUCUGGACGGGCCUAAUUUUUGGUGGGGAAAUUUCAGACUGAAUUGGGCAGUGGACCGAACGGGCAAGUGGCAGGAGCUGGAGUACCCCAGUCCUGCCUACCCAGCCUUUGCCUGCGGCUCGGGGUACGUCAUCUCCAGGGACAUCGUCCACUGGCUCGCCAGCAACGCGGGCAGACUAAAGACCUAUCAGGGUGAAGACGUAAGCAUGGGCAUUUGGAUGGCAGCCAUAGGACCUACGCGAUACCAGGACGGCCUGUGGCUGUGUGAGAAGACGUGUGAGACAGGAAUGCUGUCCUCCCCGCAGUAUUCGCCCCAGGAGCUGACACAGCUGUGGAAGCUGAAGGAACUGUGUGGGGAUCCUUGUCAGUGCGAAGCAGCAGGAUUUUAAUUCGCCUGCUGGAGGAGGAGGGUAUGCAAGGGGGAAGCUGCAUAGUUGUUCCAGUAAAUCCUGUAUUUCCGGUGAUGGCCCCCCGCCCUGAGUGUAGUCCCCGAACUUUCUUAGUUCACUGUUACCAUCGCACCAACAGGCAAUCUCCACUUUCCACAGAAUAAAACUGUAAUGACUGCUGGUCAUUUUCUAGCUCGAUCUCUCUGCCAGGCAUCUACAAAAACAGAACAAAGGGUUGGGGUGAUAAAGACAUCCACCUUAAUACUUGUGCCCCCUCCCAGAGGUGUAUGCUUCCCAUUUAGAAGCAGUCCACGUCACAUGGCACCCUAGCUCACAGCAUGUCACACCGGGGGGACCUAAGCUGGACUCUGUGUUCUGCCAGGCAACUUACUUUGGGGCUUUCAUAGGACAGCAGAAGUUCUGACACAGGAACUUUGAGAAGACGGGCCAGCAGUCCCUUUACCUUCUGAAUUGUCAUGGAGUCUGUCAAAGAAAAAAACACCCUCAGUCUCUGAAUGACAGUUACAUGUAAAACUAGCUCACAUAACAAGACCAUAGUCGCAGUGAUUCACAGUAUCCGUUUCCCCGCAGGAAUCCUUAGGGAAAGGCUCCCCUAUCCCGUGGAAGGGAGAGCUGGUUCCACACCAAUGACUCGAUGUGGAAAGCUGUGCAAAAUGGAGCCAACGUUUGACCUAAGUGCCCUUUGACAGUGGGUUUUCAUACCAUUUCAGUGGUUUUAAUAUUUCCUUCUUCAUCUGAAUAAACCAGAAAUCAUCUUCCCUGCACAGAGGAGUAAAUGAGUAAAAUCAUUCACUUUCUAAACCUCUGUGAUUACUCACUUAUGGAUGGCGGAGAGAAUGCUGGAGUGGGGGCUCGGGCGUCCGGAGGGCGCCUCUCCAUCGCUCUGCCUUGGUUUCCUCCUGUGUCGAGCGAGGGAGGGACCGGUGGUCCGAGGGCCCCUGUGAGUGCGCCCGCUCUGUGCGGAUCACCAUGCGUGACUGCGCUCGCCACGCUUUGUUCAGAAAACGCUAUGAACUUCUUUCCAAAGAUGGGUUGUGGUGAAUACUGGAUAUUUUGAUGAGAAAUAUCGUUCCUUUGAAGCUGUAGCUGGAGGUACAGCAACAGUAUGGUGUUCCUACAAAUAUCACAUGCAUUCAAAUAUUUUUCUAUCAAAAUGAUUUUUGUAAAAGCUGUGUUUUUAUGCAACUUGUGAUAAUAAAUGUUAUUUUUAUUUUAGAAUAAAAA